AAAGGAUCAUCGUACGAGAAACUAAAUUCAUGGUUUAGCUUACUGCGACUUUUAAGGUACUUAAAAAUCGCCGUUCUAGUUGACAAAGCUGUUGGCUCUUUGUGGAAAGCAACGAUAUUGACCGAAAAAUUGUAAUGAUUGAAAGCAAGCUUGAAUUGAAACAAUCAAGUCUUCGUAGAAAUGAAUUGCAAUGGAGAGUCGUCUUUGGAUGGUAAACGUAGGGUCAAUUCUUACAUGGAUAGCAAACCUAUCGUCACCUAUGCCGGAGAUGAAGAAUUAUUUUCUACUUUGAAAAAUAGUUUGCUUCAAGCUAUUCCCGAGAGCACGGUCGAGUGGCGUAGAUCAUUUGGCAGACCUAUUAAACAGGUUAAACUUGGAGCAUCUUUUGUAUCAUUUUCCAGAGAUAUCUUGCCGAAUGAAAAAGAUUGGCAUCUCAUAAAUCAGCCUGUAUUGCACAUUUAUUGGAGUGAAUGUACUGAUAUUGACGUUUAUAAAACAAGCGUGAGAGAUGACAUAGAUGCUUGGUUGAAGAUAUUAUCUUCUUAUCACAUUCAAGACUGGAUGAUUGUAAUAGUGGAAACGUAUGAUCCAAAAAAAAGUACCAAAUUAUUACCUAGAACUACUGUUUUAGAUAAGAUUAGGAGUGACUUUGCUUCGAAAGCUGGCGACAGAUGCUUUGCUGUAAUAAAUCCUAUUAAGUAUAAAUCUCGUUCAACGGACACUUGGAGAGGAUUAAUUGGACGUAUUCGCCAUUUGAUGCUUACUGCAUAUGACAAAACUCUUUCUCGAUUCGAAGAUAUUAUACGAGAACGGAGAGAAAGCCGGAAUCUUCCUGGUUGGAACUUUUGCCAUUAUUUCCUUUUACAGGAAGAACUUGCAUUUGUAUUGCAAAUGUUGGGUUUAUAUGACGAAGCAUUGGUACAAUAUGAUGAAUUGGAUGCUCUCUUUACACAAUUCGUAUUAAAUUCUAAUGUAGGAGACACACCAGCUUGGCUGAAUUUAUUCCAGACACCUCUUAACAAUUGGGCUGGUGUAAACUUAAGUAAUGGCGUUAAUCAUCAUUUAAGAUUUCUCUUAGCCGAAUGCAAAGCAUCAUUGUUGGAUUUUAGAAGUUAUUUAUUUAGCAGGCAAUGCUCUAUGCUUUUGUUCCUUAAAAAGCCAUGGGAGGUUGCACAACGAUGCUUAUCUUUUAUUCACAAUACACUGAGUGAAUUACAAAUUCUAGAAAUUCAACGACCAGAAGGAUCUGUUGAGUGUUGGGCUUUCUUGUGUGCGUUGGAAGUGUUACAAGCAUGUCAAUUAUCGGCUUUUAGCAUAGAUAACAAUCAACAGUUGGAUCUUUGCUCCUUACAUACUGCAAGUUUAUGGGCCCUUGCACGGGAUAAGUUAGGGGCAUUAGGAAAAUUAUGUGGUCUCAUGCCUGGUAGCGAACCAACUAGCGAACAACUCCACACAGUUGUUUACCUUAUAGCAGGUAUGGGAGAUUCAGAACCACAAAAAGAAGGAAAAGCAACUCCGAUAGAUAAAUUGAAGGAAGCUUUAUCAUCUAAAGAAGUUUUUAAGAAACAAUACUUGGAGCAUGCAGAAUUAGCUAUGGGUACUUAUAAACAUGUUGGACGUAUAAGAUCAGCUAGAUUAAUAGGCAAAGAAUUAGCGAGAUUCUAUGGUGAAUUAGGAGAAAAUCAGAAAGCUGUAGCAUUUUUAUCUGAUGCUUUGAAAACAUAUAUGGAUGAAGGAUGGUGUCACUUAGCGGCACAAACACAAUUAGAAUUAGCGCAAUGUUACAAAAGAAUGGACGAUGUAGAGAAAUAUAUAGAAAUUUGUGCAGCAAUUUCUUGUACCAAUAUACUUCAUAUUACUGUACGUAAUACAUAUUUUGAAGAGAUGUUAGGAUAUAUGAAGAUGUUAACUUUGCCACAGCCAUUACUCACGGAACUUGGACACUCUUUUAUAAUACUCAGUAUGGAAGUUAACGUAAUGGACAAAGUAGUGCAAGAUUGUGUAGUUAAUAUUGUGAUUAGUGUACAAAGUUUGUUUCCUAGAGAAAUAAAAUGUACAGGUGCACAUAUUUCUGUUGAAGAAGUUCAAAAACCUUUGGCUUCAAAUAAAAAAAAAGGUUCAAAAGUGGCAGCGGAGCCACCGAUACAAUUGUUGUCAAGUUGUACUAUAGAAGAUAUGAAGCCACUUGAUCCAAGUCUAGCUUUAUUACAAGUAUAUUCUUACUUGAACUGCAAAGAAGACAAGAGUAUAGGUUCUGCUAGUGUUAUGCAUAAAAAUAUUAAACCUAUGGUACGACGUUCAGAUAGUGCUAAACAUAGAAAAGCUUCGAUAAAUAUGAAAGGUGACUUUAGCAAAUCGUUAUCGUCUCCUGAAUUUGUUAUGAAACCAGGUAUAAAUAUAUUUACAUUGACCAGGCGGGUCGAUUGUCCUGGACUUUACAAAGUUGGUCAAUUGUCGCUUCUUAUUGAAGAGAAGUUAGAAUUUCUAUCUCCAAUUCUAAAUCCACGAUUAUGCUAUGAAGUUGCAAAAACCCAACCGGUAAUUUCUUUAAAAUGUGGAAGAGAUUUAUUGGCUGGGCUUAUACAAGAUAUAGAAUUAGUUAUAUCAACUGGAAGUAUUAGGAUAACACAAGAAAUGAAAUUAAAAUUACGUGCAUCUAGAGGAUUAAUGAUACAAUUAAAUGACGCAGAAGCAUUAAUGAUUAAAGAAUUGGAAACGCCACUGCCAUCGUGUGAACCAUUUCAAACAAUAAAAUUGGGAUUAAAAGUUUUAGCAGAGCUCCCACCCAAAAAAGAUCCGUCUUCUAUGGAGCAUAAACUUAGCGUGCAAUGUCCAUGGGGUACAGAAGAGAAUAUCCUUUUGCACUUUGGUCCACCUUUAAUGACAAAUAUGAAACUGCAUACUGCUAAGCAGAGAAAAUUCGUUCAAAUAAUUGUUACAGGCUUAACAAGUCGACUUUUGCAAUUAUCUGACCCUCAUUUGGCAUCAAAUACAUCAAUGGAUUUAAAUUUUAAAAGUUUAAAUCCAACCGCUGGCCAACGAUUAGUGGUAGGUAGUGGAAUGAAUGUAUCAUUUAUGUGGGAAGUUGAAGUUGGCAAAGACGAAAAAACUACAGUACCCAUUAAGACUGAUUUUCGUGUAAAAUAUGUACCAAUUAACGACACCGAGGAAACAAGUAAUACUUAUCUGAAUGAUGAUCCUUUACAUAUACAUCAUUUGCAAAAAAUGGAAAAAGCUUCUAGUGUAUAUAGAUGUAACUUCGAUGUCACAGAUUACGUGACAUUAUUUACAGUCUCCUCAAGGGUUGAAGCAGGUGGAGGUGGAGGAGAAUUUUGCCGUGCCGGUAGUAUGUGUCAUCUUUAUCUUACAGUGACACGUAUGUUGUAUACUCCUAAUCCUAAUCCUCCACCUCAACUAAUGUAUGAGGUAUUAGCUGAUCAAACUAUGUGGGCCGUUUGUGGCCGAACUGCAGGAAUCAUUUCAUUAGAAAUAGUAGAAAAACAAAGCGUUACGUUAGAUGUUAUGCCUCUAACCAGCGGUUAUUUACCUUUACCCGUUGUUAGAUUGUCUCGAUAUAUUCCUGCAGUAGAAAGUAAGUCAGAUGUCACACGUAAAGGUGAAGUAACAUCAGGUCCGAGACUGGAGCCAUUCAGUCCAGGACAAGUCUAUAAUGCUAGUAAAGCUCAACAAGUACAUGUUUUACCUGCAGCACCUUCAGAAUCUAAUUAAGUUUAGAAGCUAUUCUUAAAGCCAUAUUAUACAACUUGGUUUCAAAGAAUAAAUUCUCGCUAGCGUGAUCAGUAUAGCAAAUUUAAAAGUUAAUUUGAAAGGCAAUUUACUAGUCUUUAUUGUCUUCUCAUGCAAACUUUUCUUGGUAUAAAGGAUUAAUACUUUCACUUGAAUGAGAUUUGAUUAUAACUAAAUUAAUGAUAGAUACAACUUCCUCUCUUUCUCUCUCUCUCUCUCUCUCUCUCUCUCUCUCUCUCUCUCUCUCUCUCUCUCUAAACUGUACCAUAAUGAUUGAUCUUCAUUCAGGAUUUUCUUCUUUGCUUUACUUAUAAAGUCCUAUCAAAAAACAAAGUAAUAAUACGACAAUAGACAACCACAAACGUAAGGAGAAAAAGUUCUUUAUUUGUACCGUGAUAAUGAAAUAGAAUUAAUAUUAGAUUAAUAGAUUCGUACAACAAGCAUUGUAAACAAAAUUGAAUAUCCUUACAUUAUAAUAAGAUAUAUUUAAUGUUUUAUAAAAAAAUCUUUUUAUUUUUAAUUUAUAGAUAUUCAAUACUAAUUUUUCUUUUUUCUUUUGAUCAAUUUCAAACGAUGAUAAUAUUAUUUCAUCCAACUACAUUUAUAAUAUUUGUUUUCUGAGAGAAUUACUCUGUUGAGCUAUGUAUUAUAAUAUGAUGCCAUACUUAUUACAUAGCAUAAGAAAGUAAAGAAUUUAUAUGACGCAUUAAGAAGAGAACAAUCGGUAUGAAAUUUAUCUUUAUUAGGUAAUUGUGAGAUGAUAUCAGAAAAUGAAAAUCUAUGAUCUGGUUUUAAUUUGUAUUUGAGAAAAAAAAAAUAAUUGCUGCAUAAAAUAAAAAAUUUUGUAGUAUUUUCAUAUUUUUAAAUUUUAUCAUACUAUUAUUAUAAAGAAGUAAAUUUAAUAUCGAUUGUCCACUUUGAUGUUAAUAUGGAAAAAGAUUAGAGUAUAAUUCUGAAUGAAAUGUUUACCAUUUAGAUAUAUGGUACCUGUGCUCUAAACUAAAAUAUAAAACUGUUUUAUAGUUUUUUAUCAAAUAAUGUAUAUUAUCUGCAUCAAUCAUGAUAGUUACAUUCUUAAUCCAAUAAGUGCUUCUUCGCAAUUUGCCCUAAAUAUUGAUCUAAAAACUCUCAUUAAAUCUAAUCUGUACACAUGACAUCGAAUAUUUUCGAGGAUCGAUAAAAGAGGCGUGCAUACGCGCCGCAUAUAUGUGUGACAAAAAUAUGAUAAAAAUUAACAUUGAAGAAGGUAGAAGUAUCUGUAUAUUCUUACUUUCGUGCCAAUAUAGGAAUUUUUUUCACUUUAAUUACACAUAGAUUUUCUAUCACAUUAUUUAAUUAUAUAUCUUUUUUUGUUUAUUUUUACAAACGUUCAAAACUUUGUGAUAUUUGUGAUUAUCUUUUUUAUUUACUAGCAAUUCAACUUUUAGAUGAAUAGAGUAUUGAAAUAUAAUGAAUUAUAUUAUUAUCUUUAUCUUUACAAACAAUUAAUUGUAUUUUUACUUUAUAUCGAGAAAUCUAAAUUAUAAAGAAAAGUAAUAGAGCAGUAGUGCCUAUUAGAAAAUGUUAUAAAAAUGAUGUAUUAUUAAUAAUGCUAAAAUACUAAUUUUUCUAAAUUAUCUAGUUAUUGGCCAGUGAUACAAAAAAUAGAAUCACAUCUAUAUAACUAUAACAUUUUAAUUUUACACAACAAACUGUUUACUCAAUUUGGAUAUGGCCUUAAUAUUUUAAGUUCUCACACGAAUACAUAGAAUCAUUUUUAGAAUACCUUACAUUUGUUUGACCGAUAUUAAUUUACAUAGUAAUUAAAAUCAGAUUAUCUAUUAAAAACAUUACUGUAAUAACUGUAUUAAAAAGCAUGAAUUAUAUGUAUAUUUCUGCAAAUGCAACUCAAAUUGUGUGUGUGUGUGUGUGUGUGUGUGUGUGCGUGUGUGUAUAUAUAUACAUGAGUUAUAGAAAUAGUUAAUAUUAAUAAAUUGAGAUAUAAAUUUUGUAUUAAUUUAAAUUAAAUGAGCAAUUUUUGUAAUGACAGAAUAAGAUUAUAUGUCUGUAAGCUCAGACAUUUAAUCAAAAGUCAGUAACUUGGUAUCUUUCACUGCACUCAUAGUUACUAUAAAUAUGUAAAAAGCAGGACAGAUUUACAUUUACAAGUACUUGCAUCGAAAAUUUAUGUCUUGGUAUACAGAAUCGUGUUCUAUUAAUAUGUAUUUAUGUUGCCAUGUUAUUCUGCAUAUAGAUUAGUUUUGAUUGAAUAUAAUUUUUUUUUUAUUCAAGAUGUAAAUAUGAUAAAUGUUAUAAUAUUCUAUAUAAGUGAUAAUUAUAUAUUUUAUACGUUAUCAGAGCUCUAAAAAUUAUUUAGUAUUUAUAGUAGUAUAAAAUAUACAUUUGUAAAAUGUGGGAAGAUAUUUUUAUUUGGUAUUAUAUCAAAAUAAUUAACUCAUUUUUUCUAUUGCAUAAUAUAUAAACAUUAUCUAUAAUCAUCGUUUAUUACUUAAGAAUGUUUAAUAAUUUUGUUUUUUAUGUGCUGAAGUAAAAAUAUCUGCAUAUAUAAACAAAUUGAUAAUAUUUUGAAAUACCAAAAGGAUACUGUUGUCAUAUCAAAAGAAAUAAUUGCACUUAUAUGUUUUAUUUAAUAUUUGUACAAUGAGUUAUAAAAUAGAAAAAGAAAUAUUGUAAUUAUAUUAUUUUAGUAUUGUAUCAUAGAAUUGUUAUACCAAUGUGACUGUUUUAAAAAAGGAAAAAAUAUUAUAUGUACAUGGUACACAGGUGCAUAAAAUGUAAAUUAACAAGAAGCAGUGUGUCUUCUCUUUUAUAGAUUUUUCACAAAAUAUUAUACAAAAAAUUAUUUAUUUUUCUUAUGAUCAUUGAAUAAUCCUUGAGUUGAAGAUAUUGGCAAAAAAUGUUAAUAAGUCUGAAAUUUCUUGUUAUUCAAUUUAUUUAUACUCUCCACAUUAUUUUUUUUAUUGUUUUCUUAGUAUACUUUUCUGAUACACACAUAUAUAUAUAUAUAUAUACUAUUGUAUAUAUAGUCAAAGUACCAAAUAAAAUAUAUAAAGCUCUCCUUACAUUAUUCUUGAAGCAAUUGCAUAGAAUUAUAUUGUAAAUGUGAAGGUUUUAUAUAUAAUAUUAUAACAAAUAUGAUUAGAUACUAAAACGAGUAUUUCUGAUUUAUUUAAAUUAUCUAAUUACACAUAUUGUUUCGGUUAUUUAUAUUUUCUCAUGAAGUUGUUUUGAUUUAAUGUACACUUUUUCACCGGCACAGUCCUCUAGCAAAGUUUUACUAUAUUUUUGAUUGAAAUUGCUGUACGAUAAAGUAAGUUUAUUUUUCAUAUAUAAUAUCAAACUAUAUAUCAAACGUUAAUAAAAGACAUUUGUAUGAAACAAUGAUGUAUGUUACAUUGUAAAUGACACAGUGCAAUAUUUACUUCUAUUGGUAUAAACUUUAAAAGAAAUUUUCAUUUCAUAUGUGUCAAAGGCUGGAUGAAACACAUAAGCAACAUAUUUCUAAUAAUAUAAUAAUUAAUAUAUAUCUAUCUUAUUUAAUUUGAAAUAAUGGAUUAGUAAAUUGGCAUCGCAGCCUGAGUUAGAAGUAAACCAUAUCUUCUCUUUAACGUAAUUCGUUCUCUCGAGUAUUUGUCUUCUGGAGAGAACCUAGCUGGAAAUUUAAGAGAUUAUGUAGAUACAAUAAAAAUUUAUAAAAAAAUAUUACUCUAAAUGUUACCAGGAUGCGCAGACAUAGUCGGUUUUCCAUUUGGAUCAAGUUUCUGUAAAAUAAAUGUAUACAGAAAGUUUAAAUGAUCUAAUUAUUACUACAAUAUAAUUUAAUUAAUAUAGAAUAUUGUUAUAAAAUAUAUGUUCUUACUUUUAACGUAUAUAUACGAUCCCCAUUUUCAUUUAAAUAAUACAUUAGAUACAUUUUUCUGACAAAUUAAGUUCUCUAACAAAUACGAAAGUUAACCUCAACUUAUAUUCUCGAAACGUGCUUUGAUACUGUAUGGUAUAGUACAGUCGAUCAUUCGAUAUCUAGAGAAAUUGACGCAUGCGCACAAUUACAUUCCUUUCAACUUGAUAAAAGUUAUAAAUUAUAAAAUAAUAAAUUUUUAAUUUUUCGUGGAUGUGUGCGUUUCAUUAGUGUCAAACAUAAUUAAUAAAAUAUUAACGUUAGAAAAUUAAUACAAAAAAUAUUCUCCAUAUAUUUUAUCGAUAUUUGUAAAUAUCGAUAGAUAAUUGUUUUUUAUAAUUGUUUGAUAGUGCUAGAUGAUCGUGAUUAAGUA